AUGUCUAUUUUUAUUUUUUUUAGCUUUUUCUUGUUUGAUUUUUUUGGUUACAACUUUUUCUUGUUUGGUUGUUUUCAUUCUUUUAUUAAAAUAAAAUAGAGUAAUUGAGCAAAAAAGACAAGUCGUGCCGGCAACGAUCGGCAAUCUAUACUUUGCUCCCAAAACGGUGCUAACCUGCCACUAUCCUCCAAAUUUCAAACUUCUCAAUAUUCAAAAAAACACCACCUUUUUCAAAUUACGGUGUCGUUUCGUAAUUUCUAAAAAACACAAGGACCCACUUUCUCAAAAAAAUCCCAAAAAAUAAAUAAAAAAAUAAAGAAACACAAACAACACAGUGAGAAGAUCAGAAAGAAACUCAUCGAAGAAGAAGAAGCAAAUUAUAGCUUUUUUCUUAAAACGCGCGUUUAACUGCGUUUCGAUCCACGUUUUCACAACCAUAACCUCGCUUUUAUGAGAAGCAGAAAAUUGAUUAUAGCUUAUUCACAAACGCGCGUUUGAAGUGUUUUUUCAAAACGUAAACGUAUGAGAAGAAGGUAAAUGACGAUGGAUAGAGAGAAAGAAAGAGAAAUUGAACUAGAAAGUGCAAUGUAUACAAAUUGUUUGUUGUUAGGUUUGGAUCCAUCGGUUAUUGGAGUUGGAGCAUCGAAUUCAACUCCUCGUGUUGGUGCAUUUCGUCAUUCUAACCCUAAAUUAGGAGAACAGUUGUUAUAUUUCAUUCUUUCUUCUCUUAGAGGACCAAUUCAAUCUUCAAAAGAUUUUGAUAAGGUUUGGCCGAUUUUUGAUUCUGCUCAAUCGCGUGAUUUUCGUAAGGUUGUGCAAGGGAUUAUUAGUGAGCUUGAGUCGCAAGGAGCGCUUCCGAGAAGUAAUUCGAGGGUUUCUUCACUUGCUACUUGUUGUGGACCUAGGUUUGUUGAGCUUUUGUGGCAACUUUCUUUGCAUGCUCUGCGCGAGGUUCAUCGACGGACAUUUACUUCUGACAUAGCAUCUAACCCGCUGCCUACGCCAUUGACUGAUGUAGCAUUCUCACAUGCAGCUACUCUACUUCCAGUUACAAAGGCAAGAAUAGCCCUUGAAAGAAGGAAGUUUUUAGAAAAUGCGGAAAUGGCUGUACAAAAGCAGGCUAUGUGGUCUAAUUUGGCUCAUGAAAUGACUGCUGAAUUUCGUGGGUUAUGCGCUGAAGAGGCUUAUUUGCAACAAGAGCUGGAAAAACUGCAUGACUUGAGGAAUAAAGUCAAAUUGGAAGGAGAACUCUGGGAUGAUCUUGUAUCCAGUUCGAGUCAGAAUUCCCAUUUAGUUUCAAAGGCUACUCGCCUAUGGGAUUCUUUAUUAGCUCGUAAAAGUCAACACGAAGUUCUUGCAUCAGGCCCUAUUGAAGAUUUGAUAGCUCAUCGGGAACAUAGGUACCGAAUCUCUGGAUCGUCUCUGCUUGCAGCAAUGGACCAGAGUUCACAGGCUCCUUAUUCAGAAUCUGGUGAGUCUGGGGAUUCGCCUUCAGUGCAAAUGGACAACAAAGAAGAGAUUGAUGGAUCUCAUUUUAGUAGCGAGACAUUGACAACAGUGGAUGACAGAAAUGGGAGAGUUCACCAAACUGUUGACAUAGCAGAAGUUAUACGCCGAUGGACACAUGCUUUGCAACGUAUCCAUAGACAAUCACUUCAUCUGGCGAAAGCAAAUGAUGGAGAGGGUCCAGAUAUAUUGCGCAGUGCACAGGAAGGCGGUUCAAGUGGCCAUGCUGAGUCUUUAGCAGCAACCCUUGCAGAGCAUCAGCAACACUUGGCUAGCUUCCAGGUGCUUAUUAACCAAUUGAAAGAUGUUGCCCCAACAAUUCAGAAGUCCAUAUCAGAGUGUACAGAAAAAGUGAACUGCUUGUCCUCCAAUCUAACUCCACAUCUAUUGAACAGGCAUCAUAGCCAGUCAUCGUCACCUAUCCAAGCACAGAGCAGUGGGAGGAUGGAAAGUAGUACUGAUGAUGUUGGUGAGUUGGCUUCAAGAAUGUCGAAUGUCCAGCUUGACAAGGUUUCUGUUAGUCCCUCCACUUUAAAACUUCCUCAGUUAUUUAGCAUGACCCCAUCUUCUGGAAAAGUUGGAAAUGUGCAAAGGCGGCAUGGUAAUGCUUCUCAAACCAACCAAACAGAGAACCUUUCUGAUAGUAAAUCAUUGGACGCUCCUUCAAAUAAUGAAGUAGCAAGUUCAGAAGGUAGUGAUAGUUCCUUUGUCUUGAAUUUGAAGAGGUCGGUAAGAGAAGCUGCACUGUCAUUGCAGUCAUGCAAUUUAGAGUCAUCUCGGGAUAGCCAUUCUGACGGAGGUUCUGAGCACUUCUUUGUGCCUCUUUCGGAGACUAGCUUUUCUCAAUCGGAUGCAGAAAAAAAGGCAACUUCGUUAAGGAGCAAAAGAUUAUUUGUGUCUCCAAUGGAUGAUCCUUUGCUUGAGAGUCAUACAUCAGAUGAACACGAGAGCAAGUUUGACGAGUUUUCAGAUAUGUUAAAUGAUUUGGAGAGUUUUUCUGAUUAUGACAAUGUAAAUGGGUUUUUCUCGUAUGCUGGUUCAAAUGAAACAUCAGAAGCACGACGGUCAAUGUUUGACUACGAGGAUGCACAAGAAGUCUUCUCACCUCCUAUGCUAAUGGACUCGUCACUUUUGACUGAUCAAUUUGAAGACUUGCUGGCCCCUCUCUCAGAGACUGAAUCGGCAUUGAUAGACCAUUGAAAAUUUUCUGGGCAACCUCUGAAAGAAUUAAUUGAGGAAAUGAGACGAUUGAAGCAGUGAAUUGAUAUUCUUUUGCUGGGAUUUUCGCUCCCUUCACGUUUUAUGGAAAUGAGAUGAUUGAAGCAGUGAAUUGAUAUUCUUUUGUUGGGAUUUUCGCUCCCUUCACGUUUUAUGACACGACACCCUUGUAUCAUGGCAUGUAUAUUAGAAAUGAAAUGAAAACUCACUUUAAUGUUGUAUUGUGCAGUGACAUACAUUACAUUGUUCAUUUUCUGAAUAUGGUUUGUUGAUUUCCAGUACUUGUGCACAUUGACUGAUUAGUGGAAUAUGAUUCUUUGAUUUUA